UCUCUCGCAUACCUGCCGUUGUUUAGAGCUAUGGGUUUUGCUAUAAAAACAUGUCAUUCCGUUACCAACCCAUCUUUAUAAACAUCAACUCUCCUCUUUUUUUCACACUCCAGGGCACUCUUCUAGUCUUCUCUCUCUCUCUCUCCUGAACCGUCUUGCAUUUGUGGAACUUUGUAAAAUUUACAGAAAUGGAUACUGUAGUUUCAAGAAGGCCUUGUUUCAUUGAAGAGGAUGAUGGGUUGGCUUCUUUAGCUGAUAUGGAAGCUGGGUUCUCUGGGAACCAUCACCAGAAUAAAUAUACUUUCUUUUCUAGACCUCUUUCUUAUGCGAGGAAGAGUAGUUUCUUGAAUAUUUCUUCAUCGUCUUCCACGGCUUGUUUUUCUCCGAGAUCUGGACCCAGGUUUUAUGAUGCGAGAUAUGAAGAGCAUCAACCUUACUUCUUGGAAGCCUGUUCUCUUUGCAAGAAACUUCUUGGAAAUAGAGACAUCUACAUGUACAGAGGAGACACUCCAUUUUGCAGUGAGGAGUGCAGACAAGAGCAAAUAGAUAUGGAUGAAGCGAAAGAGAAGAACCGGAACCUCUCCUCAUCCAUGAAGGCUUUAAGGAAGAAAGAGCAGAGGAAAUCAGCAACCAAAAAUCAGGAGUACUCGUUCCGUACUAGCACUGUUGCAGCGGCUUAAUGAACAUGCUAUAAAAUAAAUUACCAUAUUUCAUAAACCAUAAAGAAAGAAAAAGCGAAAAAGGAAAAAAAUCAAGAGUGCAAACAUGGAGGAUUGGAACCACAAAAAGAAGGGCCAAAGAGAAUGAAGAAGAAAGGAGAGACGCAGUCCAACUCAACCCAUGUUCAAAACUUUAUCAACCUUUUUAUAGUUUAAUUGUGAAUACAUAUAUAAGGAGUGUGUUUUGCUUAUAUGUACUCAGCGAGGAGAGGAGGAUGGCUCUUGUUUUUUUUGUCCUAAGAAUUAAUCUUUUUGUUUCUCCCUGGAGCAAUGCUUUGUCCAAAAGAAAUUAAGAAAAAAAAAAAUCGUGAAAUAUACCAUAGAAAUCUUUGAUUGCAAGCUGUGGCUGCUUUGUUUAUUUUUGGGCUUCUUGCUUUGUUGAAGUGUAGCAGACGAAUAUUUCUGAAGAAUGAUAUUUUACUCAUCAGGAAA